GCCCGUCGCUCGUCUCCCGGGCGCUCCGGCGGCGACUCCGGCUUACCGACCACCUCGGACAGUGAACACACACCCCCGACCACCUAGUAUCCCCUCAAGAACCGAGCGGCCGCCCGAUACCGCGAGCACGUGCCAGUUGCCACCAGUCUUCCUUGUGCAUGGGUUGGUGAUAACCGAGCGAAAUGGCGUGGGGUUACUGGUCUGCGUCGUCAGUGCUCCCGGACCGUGGGCGGAGUCCCAGGCGAGCCGGGACGUCCCAAGUGCACGUGCCGCCCAACCCGCCGACCGCUAGGGAAGUGAUGGAGUCCCACGACGAAUCGAUAAUCCAUACGGCGUCGACAUCCCGAGAUAGUCGCGACCAUUCUGCGUCGCCUCACUCGUCGUCGAACGGCGGCCAUUCCCAUCACCAUGAAGUGCGUCACGCCGUGCCAGCGAGUGCGUUGUUCGGGGAGAGUUACGGGGAGUUGUCCCGGCGGCCAUCUUUGGACCUGGGCUCGGUGCGGAGUGCGUUGGCCUCGUGUUCGGGCAUGGGCACGCUGAGCGCGGGGUCAACGUUGACCCGGGGGGGCACGCUGGCGGACUACCUGCCCCCCACGCCGUGCCCCCACCACCACCGAGUGUAUGUGGACCACCAUAAACACUAUGAGCAGCCGAUUCAACCGCCGCAUGCGGGGGCCCUCCCGCCGCAUUCCCGAGGGCAUAGCAGCCGCCAUACUGACGACGAGGAUGACUUGGAGCCCACUUAUGCUACAGGCUCGGGCUCGUCGCGGCGGUACACCGAGCACCACAAGCACUACGAGCAGCCUAUUCAGCGCCAUCGCCACACCGAUGAUGAGGACGACAUGGAGCCCACUUAUGCUACAGGUAAGUGCAAAGUGGAAUGGAGCAAGCGGUAA